UAAAAAAGACAUAAACUCAAUUCCCAAUCCCAAAGAAUUUUAGACAGGAUCAAGGGCAAUUCUGUCCCAUUAAUUUCAAACUGAAAACCACUCCCCGCCACUCGCAUUAUAGAUUCAGUUAAAGAGAGAAACAACAGUUCACAGAGAGAAAGAGAGAAGAGGAUGGCGUUGAGACUGUUAUCUCCACCGCUUUCUUCUUCUCGAUCGCAACUCAAUUUCUUAUACAACUCCAGAUUGCUCUCGAAAUCGAGCUCUCUACUUCAAUGGCGGCCAAAAACCCUAGUUUUCACUCACCGGGGAAGCACGGUGGUGACGCCGAGGGCGUGUGUGAAAUUGGAGGAGCAGGAUGUCGUGGAGACCGGAAGCAAGUGGGGGAAGGUGUCUGCGGUGUUGUUUGAUAUGGACGGAGUGCUCUGCGACAGUGAAGAGCCGUCUAGAUUGGCUGCCGUUGACGUGUUUGCUGAAAUGGGGGUUCAAGUCACUGUGGAGGACUUCGUGCCAUUCAUGGGCACUGGUGAAGCAAACUUUUUAGGAGGUGUAGCUUCCGUGAAGGGUGUUAAAGGAUUCAAUACUGAGGCAGCAAAGAAGAGGUUUUUUGAGAUAUAUCUGGAUAAGUAUGCAAAACCGAAUUCUGGAAUAGGAUUUCCUGGUGCUCUUGAACUCAUUACUCUGUGUAAAAGCAAUGGCCUUAAAGUUGCUGUUGCAUCUAGUGCUGACCGCAUUAAGGUUGAUGCAAAUUUAGCUGCUGCCGGUUUACCAUUGUCAAUGUUUGAUGCUAUUGUGUCAGCAGAUGCAUUUGAGAAUUUGAAGCCUGCACCUGACAUUUUUAUAGCUGCAUCAAAGAUUUUGAAUGUGCCCCCUAGUGAGUGCAUUGUAAUUGAAGAUGCAUUAGCUGGAGUGCAAGCUGCCAAAUCAGCACAAAUGAGAUGUAUAGCUGUGACAACAACAUUAUCAGAAGAGACUUUAGAAACAGCUGGUCCAUCACUUAUCAGAAAGGAGAUAGGAAGUGUUUCACUUCAUGAUAUUCUCAGUGGUGGCUCUAGUUGCCACAAUGAGAAGGUGCAGGGACCUCAAUAUAUAAAUUCUUCUGCACAAUCUACACCAGCAUUGGUCAAGGACAGAACAGAGAGUGGGUCAUUCCAGGAUACCUAUUCUAAGAAUGAGAUGGUCUUCCCAAUUGGAGGGUUGCAGGGCUCUCGGCGAGACAUUUUGAGAUAUGGAAGUCUGGGAAUGGGAAUAGCUUGUCUCCUUUUCACUGUGACACACUGGAAGGCAAUGCAAUUUGCAUCUCCGAAAGCUAUAUGGAAUCUUUUUUUUGGAGUCAGCAGUCCCCCUUUUGAAAAGAAUGAAGGGGAAUCCCGUUCUGCAAGAAUCCAACAAUUUGUGAACUAUAUAUCUGAUUUGGAAAGUAGGGGAACUGCUACUGUUGUGCCCGAGUUUCCUUCUAAACUUGAUUGGCUGAAUGCAGCUCCCCUUCAGCUACAACGGGAUUUGAAAGGGAAAGUGGUUGUUCUGGAUUUUUGGACCUAUUGCUGCAUAAAUUGUAUGCAUGUGUUGCCAGAUCUGGAGUUUUUGGAGAAAAAAUAUAAAGAUAUGCCGUUUACUGUUGUGGGAGUGCAUUCUGCAAAGUUUGAUAACGAGAAAGACUUGGAAUCAAUUCGCAACGCUGUCUUACGCUAUAAUAUCACUCACCCAGUUGUCAAUGAUGGGGAUAUGUAUUUAUGGCGGGAGCUAGGAGUGAAUUCAUGGCCUACAUUUGCUAUUAUUGGGCCCAAUGGUAAGCUCCUUGCGCAAAUUGCAGGUGAAGGUCGCCGUAAGGAUCUUGAUGAUUUAGUGGCAGCAGCUCUUCUAUAUUAUGGUGGAAAGAAGAUUUUGGACAACUCACCCAUUCCCUUGAAUUUGGAGAAGGAUAAUGAUCCCCGCUUAUUGACAUCUCCUCUGAAGUUUCCUGGUAAACUGGCAGUUGACGUCCUUAACAAUCGGCUGUUCAUUUCAGACAGUAACCAUAACAGAAUAGUGGUAACCGACCUAGAUGGGAAUUUCAUUAUCCAAAUUGGGAGCACAGGAGUGGAGGGUCUUAGUGAUGGCAACUUUGAUGAUGCCACCUUCAAUCGCCCUCAGGGCCUGGCUUACAACACAAAGAGAAAUCUCCUGUAUGUAGCAGAUACUGAGAACCAUGCUUUAAGGGUGAUUGAUUUUGUUAACGAGACAGUGAAAACUCUUGCUGGAAAUGGAACCAAAGGUUCAGACUACAAAGGGGGUGGAACAGGAACAACUCAGGUCCUCAACUCUCCAUGGGAUGUCUGCUUUGAGCCAGUCAAUGAGAUUGUUUAUAUUGCUAUGGCCGGCCAGCAUCAGAUCUGGGAACAUAAUACAUUAGAUGGUAUUACAAGAGCUUUUAGCGGUGAUGGUUAUGAAAGAAAUUUGAAUGGUUCAAGCUCUACAAGCACAUCAUUUGCUCAACCUUCUGGAAUCUCAUUAUCGCCUGAUUUGAAGGAGGCAUAUAUUGCUGAUAGCGAGAGUAGCUCCAUUCGAGCGCUUGAUCUGAAAACAGGAGGGUCACGAUUACUAGCUGGUGGUGAUUCAGUUUUCUCAGAUGAUUUGUUUAAGUUUGGAGAUCAUGAUGGAAUAGGGUCCGAAGUACUUCUUCAACAUCCUUUAGGUGUUUUAUAUGGGAAAGAUGGUCAAAUUUAUCUAGCAGAUUCUUAUAAUCACAAGAUCAAGAAGCUAGAUCUAGCUAGUAAAAGAGUGAAUACAUUGGCAGGGACGGGGAGAGCUGGUUUCAAAGAUGGAACAGCCCUAGCAGCUCAGCUUUCAGAGCCAUCCGGAAUUGUUGAAGCUGAAAAUGGAAGACUUUUCAUAGCCGAUACAAACAAUAGUGAAAUUAGAUAUCUAGACUUGAACAAGGAAAAAGUUGAACUUCUAACUUUAGAACUGAAAGGAGUUCAGCCUCCUGCACCAAAAUCCAGAUCUUUGAAACGCCUUAGAAGGCGAUCCUCAGCUGACACAGUGACCAUUUCAGUCGAUGGUGGUUCAUUUAACGAGGGCAACUUAAGAAUCAAAAUAUCAGUACCUGAAGGAUACCAUUUCUCAAAGGAAGCACGUAGUAAAUUUAUUGUAGAAACUGAGCCAGAAAAUGCCAUGGUUAUUGAUCCUGUGGAUGGAAAUCUCAACCCAGAAGGAUCUGCGGUGCUUCAUUUUAGAAGAUCUUCCCCUUUAGCUUCCAUUGGGAGAAUAAAUUGCAAGGUUUACUACUGUAAGGAAGAUGAGGUAUGUCUAUACCAGUCUCUGGCUUUUGAAGUGCCCUUCAAAGAGGCGGUACCAGACUCGACCCCGGCAGAAAUCACACUUCCAUAUGUUGUGAAGCCCAGGGCUCCCACAAGCAGCUUACUUUCCCCGAGUCUAAACAUGUGAAUACGAUAAGUUCCCUGAAUGAUUCCUCUUACCUUGUAUCAUAAUAGUAUGACAUUCCAUUGGAUAUAGCAACUAUAGCAUUUACAUGAAUCUAAUCAUUGUCCAACCAUCUCCUUUCUGCCUUUUCUUUUCUUUUCAUCACUCUGAUCUGAAACCAUACAGAUUUUCAUUUCCGGGAGAAAACUUAUUCUUUUGUACUUGGAACAAUUUAUUGAACCAAAGGUAUACUACAUGAAUUACGUUCGCUACA